AUGCGGCUUUCAGUCUAUGGGAGUUGUUCGCGGAAAUCGGUGGGUAUUCCCGUGGAAUGCCAACUUUUGAUUGUGGUAGCAAAAGGGGUGAUAUCAAAUACACUACACAACUGUAAAUGUUGUCAUUUAGAUCUGCUGAAACAUAGCGUUAGUAAUUACUCUCUACAAGUUACAUCAAGCUUUUUGUGCCGCAUUGUUAUUUGUUGCAGGAAUUGAGCACUAUUGCGUGUGUUGUGAUUGAUUAAGAAAUCGACGAAACAGGAUGGGAGAUCAAAGUGUCCGUAAGCGAUAAAAAAAGGAAAGCAGUGCAGUGUUUUUGGAAGAUAUUUUACCAAACUUAUACAUCCACAUAUACCGGGGUGUAAUGGAACGUGUGCGUGUGAGUCGGUCUACCGUAAAGUGAGCCGUGAGCUGUGAUCAAAAAUACACACAGGAUACUAAAUCAAGGGCAUUAGUUCUUGCAGAAAACACAAUCAUUUUCGACCGCACCAGAGACAAACCGGUUUAUCUCGCGCUAUUUAUUAUCAGCUCGUCAAAUUCCACCGAAAGUGGACUGCGCCAGGGAACCAUGACAUCAAAGCUAAACAUCUGCUCAGCCAUUCUUCGUUCCGUCAGUUCUUAUAGCCACCCGUUGUCGCGAGGUAACAUGUCGGGGCAGCAACAAGUGCAGUGAUUGUAGUGAUGCGUUCAACGUCCAAGACAUGUGUGUCUCAUCAGCGCUAAUUAGGAUUAACAGAAGUGUGGUCGUCACUUCAGCUCCCACAUAUGGGAAAGGUGCCAAGUUACCGGUGUCCCAUUUUAUGAUGUCAUUUCUGCUUAAAUCGCACCCUCGCGACAAUCACAUCAUCUGACUGUGAUGACAGCGGCCAUGGUGUACGCCAGUUCGAUACGUGUGUGAUAAAUGUGACGUCAUGUGAUAUGAACAAAAAUUCGUUGUAAUUGAAUUUCACUCGUGAAAUCGGCUUUCGGCUGGAAGCUAUGCUGAGAAGAAUUUCGUUUGCUGAAAAAUUAAAAGUCGGAAGCCAUACGGUUGAUGUGUUGCGAUUGAAUCGUAAAGUGAGUCAAUUAAAAAAGAAAGAUAUAUUCGUCGAGUGGAAGCAUUAAGAGCUUAUGUGUUUAAUAGUUUUCGGAAACCGUUAGCAUAUUUUUAUACACGAAACGACCCAUUGGAAACACCAACUCAGAGUAUCAAUAAUUCUUUGUGAAUUGAUCCGACGUAUUUGCCGAACAGCUUUCGAAUACUGCGACAGCUUACAUCGUCAAAAUGACCGUUACCUAUACCGCUGAAGUUGCCACUUGUCGAGGCUUUGGAUGCUUUUUGAAAUUGUUGAUCAGAUGGCGAGGCAGUAUAUACAAACUGGUUUGGCUGGAUCUCAGCUGUUUUCUACUACUGUAUUAUACCUUGAAUAUCACCUACCGAUUAGCAUUAAACGAGGAUCAGAGAAAGAUCUUCGAAGACAUAGUCCGAUAUUGUGCCACUUAUAGCACCCUGAUCCCCCUUUCAUUCGUACUCGGUUUCUACGUCACCAUUGUGAUGACAAGGUGGUGGAACCAGUACACCAGCAUACCGUGGCCGGAUCCAAUAGCGGUUUUCGUCAGUGCCAACAUCCACGGACAGGAUGAGCGAGGUCGCGUUAUGCGCCGGACGAUCAUGCGAUACGUGUGCCUGUGUCUUACGAUGGUGUUAACAAACAUUUCGCCGCGCGUGAAAAAACGAUUUCCCACGAUUGAACACUUGGUCGAGGCGGGCCUGCUCAACGACAACGAACACAAGAUCAUGCACGAUCUCAAUCAGAAGUUCCCCCGCCAUUCGAAGCAUUGGUUGCCGAUUGUGUGGGCGGCAAGUAUUGUGACCCGGGCCCGGAAAGAGGGACGCUGUCGGGAUGACUUUGCAGUCAAAACCAUCAUCGACGAGUUAAACAAAUUCCGGGGCCAGUGUGGUCUUCUGAUUUCGUAUGAUACCAUCAGUGUUCCGCUGGUGUACACCCAGGUGGUGACGCUGGCCGUCUACUCGUACUUCCUGACGUCAGUGAUGGGCCAACAGUGGAUUGAGACGAAGACCAAUGGCCAUGGUGUGGUGAAUAAGUUCGACCAAUAUUUUCCGGUGUUCGCAACGUUACAAUUCUUCUUCUACAUGGGAUGGCUCAAAGUGGCCGAAUCAUUGAUCAACCCUUUCGGCGACGAUGACGAUGACUUCGAGGUGAACUGGAUGGUGGAUAGAAACGUGCAGGUGUCCUACCUGAUCGUGGAUGAAAUGCACCACGAACAUCCAACGCUGGUGAAGGAUCAGUAUUGGGACGAAAUAUUCCCGAUUGAGUUGCCGCACACGGUGGCAUCGGCGGAGCACAAGGAAGUCGAGCCGCAGCCAUCGACGGCAAACAUCGAGGUCAACCGGAAGGGAGCGGAAGUGAUUCCGGUCGUACCGUCGUCCGUAGUCGUCGACGAAAUGGUCGGUAAAAAGAGUCAAAACUUUGACUAUUCAUUCCCUGAACAACAGGGAAUGCUCGACGACGAGGGCGAGGACAACGCCAGCGGUAUCCAUUUUACAGCAUACGACAACAAACCAUUCCAACGGGGUGGACCGUCCGCGAACAGUUUGGCCAGUGUAGCGCAAACCAUAAGCCGAGUCAAUACAGUUGCCUCGGCGCUGAAGCGAUUCUUCAGCAGAGAAGAUGGCAGCACUUCCAGCCGACCGCAGAGUGCCACUCCGGAAGCGCAGAUGGGUCCGUUCAAAUUCCCGGGAUCGGCAAGUUCUUCCAAUCUCACGAACCGAAUGGCCGAGCGUCCUCACGGCAGUGUGCGGAUAACGGACGUGAUCGAGGAGGUGGAUGAACAGCAAAUGACGAUUACCUCAAUGCAGGGUAAAAACGAUACCCGUCCUACGGCUGCAAGUCUGUGGGAACAUGGUCCUCUGAAAACAAGUGACCCGGUGGAUGUACCACAGCCAGCGUACAAACGGACCCAAUCGGCAGUGGCACAUGGGCAAUUCGAUGGAACUGAUAUCUUCCCCCCUGGAGGGCCAGAAUCAUUGCUGAGUGCUUCUGCUCCGGUUCGAGGUCGAUUCGAAACCGAUUUCAUCCCAUUAGUGGACCAUCAUAAUGAACAUCCUUUGCUGGAAAAGAAAGACUCCCAGAAAAGUGCCGCAGACGGUAUGGAUGGUGGUGGUGAUGCCGGCGCCGUCGAUGAUGCGAGCGAAGAAGACGAUUUUGAAAAAUUACGACAAGCUCGCGAAAAAGAGCGCGCUGAACGACAGAAGGUCAAAUUAGCACGAUCGGUCAGCGGUCUUGGUCCCAUCGAUCCGGAUAUUCUGUUGGAAAAGCUCACGAAAACGGCAGAUCAACAACAGCAGGACACCCAGCUGGGACCCUCUGGUGCAGACACACCCGAGAUACGAAGACUCUCCGGUGCUCCAGGGACACAGUCCGAUACGACGUUAUGAUUUUACGUUUCGGACGAAGAUAAUGUGAUCGUGGUAAACGUCAGAGACGGAAGCUAGUAUUAGGAUGCAUUUGUGAAUCUUUUUGUCCCAGGAUGGCACUGGCAUUGAGGGGAGACAUGUUUUACCAUUUUCGACACAAAUUCAUCUAAUUUUAAGAGUAACGUUUUAUCAGUAUUUGACAUUUUCGAUUAUUCAUUUCAGACCUAGGCAAAUAAAAUAAAACAUGUUCAAUCUCAAGGUGCUUUAUUAGAACAUAACGCAGAUAUGAUUUCUUUUAAAAGUGAUAGUUAUUUCUAAUUUUGCCACCCCACUAUCGAUACAAUUCCAAUGUUGGGAUCAAAAGACACACAGAUGGACUCAACACAAAAUGCCAGGUGAUACUUUUUGAAUACAAUUGGUGCACGCUUUUACCGAGCAGUAGAUUAUUUUUGUCGCUAAAAGCUGUGUUUUUUAGGAACACAGAAACUGAGGAUCACUACAAGUGCAUUGAGGAAAAAUAUUAAACGCUUUUUUACAAAUACAAUACAUGGAACAAGCGUGUUCUAUUCUAGGAUAUUUAUCUACUAGGGAAACACUCGCACAGUCUCAGAUGCAGUUCUUUUUAACAGAAAUUCGGGUCCUCUACCGUAUGAUAUUUGUAAUAAAUCAGUGUGACAAACUGCUUUAGAAUUUGAUGUAUAUUCUACUGUUUAGUUCUAUCGCGAAUAAUCUGCAACAGAAUAAAUUAUAAAAUAGUGACCGAAGUAAAGAAAAAAGACAAACAUAAACAUAAGAAGAAAAGACAAGUAAACAAUCGAUAACACAUAGAGCGCUCUCCAUUUUUUGUCUAUAACCAUUGACUUUAACAAAAUUCUUUUCCUAGGGUUGUUUUUCCUGCAAUCAUAUAGUACGGGGUCGCCAAUUUGGUGAUUCAAAAAAUGUUUGACCUGGCACUACGUUUUCUAUGUCUGUACUGGGAUGUAAGUCCAAAGUUUCGAAAACAAGAGCGUUACGUUUGAAGUGCAAGGUUUCGUGGGUUAACACCACUUCACUAGCUGAACGAAGUGGUAUGAUAAUCGCUUUAUUAUGUUUAAGAGUUAUAUGUUUUAUCCAACAACUUGUUUCAAUAGCCAAAAAAGUGCUUUGAAAACAAGCAAUUAAAAUCAAAAAUCUGUAUUAUACAAACCGUGCCUACGCGACGCAGCUCUGUCAUCCAUGUUUCGCCCGCUUUGAGGUUUGCGCACCAGCCUGACAUAAUCCAACCCAAUCACGCAGCACAAGUUCUUUUCAUCUUUCGUACUUCGACUGCGGACAAGAUAAGUUGUGUUCGCGGCGACCGUCUAAAACAUCUCCAAAAUGGCUGGGGUCAGAGUGGCGUAAACUGCACAGUGAUAAGGAGUCUCAACGAAGGUGCGAAGGUGCUGCAGCUCAGAUGUUCACCAAGCGUGCUUGUAGGAGUGUCUGGUGAAUCGUUUACGUGGAACAUGCUCAUUCAGGAUUGUAUUCAGAGAAUCGUGGAAUAUGCGUACCGUCUCGUCAGUAUCCUUACCGGGAAACAACGUAGAAAGAUGACGUACAGUCAGACUUAUUCAUCUAAUUUACUAGCAAAGAAUAACGUAAUCUAUCACAAUGCAUGAAUUUAUAAAACAUAGGAUUAGUUCGAAAUCUUUAUUCACAAAUUAAAAAUGUUGAAUUCAAUUCAAUUCGGAAAUUGUUUCAUUCAAUUACUAGUUUCAAUACAAUACAAUACAAUACAAACAAGGCUAUCAGAUGAUUACUAAGUCAACGGUAGUCCUACGUCAACUUUGCGGUUGUAUCGUAGAUAUAACCAUCCCAUAGAUUUUUUUAAUUUUUAGUUUUAUCUAUAGGCCCUAUUAUAGGAAUCGAAUCGAGGAUUCGAUACAAUCACUAUCACUAUCACACCGAGUAAAAUCUGGAAUUAUAGAAAUCGAGGAAAACAGCUUGAUUCGUUACUCUGCUCGAAUGUCAGUGCUGGUGCUGAAAUAUUUUGAAACAAGUUUGAAAUGUUUCACAAAGCAGGAUGCCAAAUCUUUUUUUGAGACAUCUGUUAUGAAAAAUUAUAAAUAUUUAUAUUUCCAAAAGUGCUAAUAUGGUUAUGUUUUGGCGAAAACUGAUAUUCCCUCAACGAAUGAAGGAGUAAGGAGUCACGCAUGAAUUCCACUUUUUUAGCAAAACAAUUUUUUUGCAUGUAAUUCUCUUUUAGGGUCGAUUUCUUGUUGUAGCGGCGUCAAUAGCUUUAUUGUAUAGGGCCACCACUUGUGGCCCUAAAUUCUCGCUUAUUGUGUGCUAGUGUUUCCUCCUUUACCCUUCACAUCAUGUCAAUCCAAAUCUGUAAUUUAAAAAAAAAUCAUUAUUGUUUUGCAAGACAUUUCAGCUUUAGCAUAUGGUAUAGAAAGUUUGGUAUAGUAUAGCAAUAAAAAAGAAAAUUUCUGACAGAAGUAAUAAUGUACGCUAGCAGGAAUAAGCAUUUUUCAGGUAGGAAAUUCGGUUGAUAUUAAUUCAAAGAAUAUGAUAAAAUUUACUUAUGAAGUUAUAUGUAUCGUAGAAGAAACACUUACUUUCUGCCAUUCUGAACCAAGGCGCAUUGAUGGUCUCAGUGCAUUAAGUGCAUUAAGCAUUAAGCAUGUGUUGAAAAUUGCAUAUAUCUAAGCGUUUCUGAAAUGUUUCCCAAAGGGAAAUAUCAGGGACGCAAACCAAAACAAAAUAAUUCUCUGAAGAUUUGCAACAAGCGAACCAAACAACUCGAAAAAUUCUGACACUUGCAUCGAUAGCUAUCACUCGCUCGGUGCUAUCGAAUCGCUCGAUUUCUAUAAUAGUAAAACAGAGCUAACGAGCAAAAUUCUUAUCGCCUCGAUUUCUAUAAUAGGGCCCUAUGUUCCUAAGACAAUUUCGCUUAGUUCAUUCAUUCGAUUCGACACUUCUAGACUGCUAGUCGUGCUAGUCGAAACGAAGCUACUGAGAGGAGAUUUUCAUCUUCGAAAAUUUCGGGCCUAGUUUCCGAGUACAUUUGUUCGUCGACUAAAUUGGACUUCGUACUUCGUACGAAUUCGAGAAUGAUAAUGAUGAAUUUAGGAUGAAAUGAACAUACUUUUAAAUUUCAAAUUAGAAUAAACUCUCUCUCUCUCUCUCUCUCUCUCUCUCUCUCUCUCUCUCUCUCAAAUUUGUAUUCUAUGUAUGGUAUUCUGCGCGGCGUUCGGAGGCGUUAAAAAUACGUUUUGCAUUAAAAUAAACUUUAUUGUACUUUACUCUGUGGAAGUCGAAUCGAGAAUGUUCGAGAACGAACGAACGUGAUGAAUUAUACAGGUUUUAAACUUUUCGGUUCAUUCACCUCUGUUCGAGAACACGCAACGACGGAUGUUUAUAAUCGCUUAACCUAAAUUGGUUAAAAAUUCGAGGGGUACAUUUUCCUAAAUUGGACAAUGUGCACAUAGUUGCUACAUAUGAGAGAGGAAAUUACUUUUUUCAGCAAAUAGAGAAAAAAUUUACACUAAAGUUGUAUCUUAAGAUCAUUUUAAACUAUAAUGAUAAGUUCUAGUAGAGAUAACCGAAAAUUUAGAGAAAAUACGUUAUCCAAUAUUCAGGACUACGUGCAUCAAGUUAUAAAUGAAUAGUAUCGAGUAAAAACUUUUAUUCAAAUUUUAGCAAAUCAAAAUUUCGGGCACAGGGUACGUUUAUGACAAGGUAACCUGGACUCGAAGUGUGUAGGACACGAUUCACUCAUACACUCUCAACUAUGACAUCUUAGCUUUGACGGAAAGCAGCGAUGCCAUACAAAUGAAACACAAAUUUCUGCAUUACUGGAGAAUCUGUCGCCGAUACCCCUCGUUGCGGCGAAAAGGUGGUGAACCGAUUAGCCGAACCCUCACGAGCGAAACGACAUUGUCGGGCGAAGUGAACGGUAUGACGUAUAGAUGUAAACAACAAAAACAAUUGCACCAGUGAAUUAGCGUUUGCAUCAAGUUCUUUGAGUAAAAUUAAACAAGUGGAAAAAGUAUUUAUAUCGGAGUUAAAAGAGUAGAUAGAUAUUUAGAAUUUGUGAGUAAAUAUUGUAGUGUAGUGCUACGUAGUAAGUGAAAAAUUACUGAAUUCGAGGUAUGUAAUCUGAAAGAGAAAUGGAAACGGACAUAACCUGUGAUGUACUUACCUUUAGAUCAAUCUGGAAUCGUCCAUCCAGGAUUAAACGAACCUGUAAAAAGAACAGAAGAAAACUGAAAUGUAAGAUUAGAAUACUUACCUGAAUUUGUAACUAAUUGAAAUAAUAAAUUACAGCUUUGAAGCUGCUAAGUCAGCUGCUACGAA